AUGCCACCAGCGCUGCCCUCGUUUGCGCCCUUCCCCGAGGCCCCAUGGAGGGAUCACAUCGUACCCGUCGAAUGGGAGGCAUGUCUCUCCAGCUGGGUCGCCUUAGCAGAGUCACACCUGGCUUUACCCGAUGACGACUUCGCUCGUCAGGCGUUGAAGGACGAGUCCGUCACAUCAUUCGCAACCUCCUUCAUGAAAGAGGUGGCAGCAGCAGGUAUAACCAUUCUGGGACUAUCUCAGUCAGCCACUUCGCUAUUUCGCCAGUGCUUCUACCUGUCCUCACGGCUCUUGCGCAUGCCGUCUGCGCCGCCCUCGAUCCUGCAGUGGGACUUUCUGUCUGACUUCACUCGGGUGUACGGCAAGAAAAGGACAUCCGCUCUCAUCCACAGCAUCUCCCAGAAGCCUGCGCUGGCAACCUCCCUACAAUGGCUAAAGAAAUCCUUAACUCUCGCACUUGAUUCUGGAAUGAAAGGGGAUCUCAAAACCCUUGAAGUGCGCCUGAAAAGGCUGAACCAUCUCAUCCAUGCAUCCUCCGAUACUGCAGCAUUCUUCUUGGCUGGGAGUGAUUUCUUGGAUGGGCUCAUCAACUGCUACAAGGUCAUGAAUCCACCCCUAAGAAAGACCAUCAUCACCACCGUCUAUCUCUGUCUCAUUGGCUUGACCGAGGGAGAGCCCCCAAAGUUCUCCGUGUUGGCUGACCAGCUAUACUCUCUCAAGGCGGCCGCUGAUGCCCACAAAGCUGGCCCCCUGAAUGCGAACGAUUCCAUGGUGGCCGAGUUGGUGACGGUGACGCCUGUCCUCAAGCAGGUGCAGCACCGUUUAGAGACGUCCUCCUCCUCAACAAUCACCCGCAUGAAAUCGGUCAUUUCCUCGCUGGAAGGUUUCCGCAAGCCUGGGGGUAAUAUCCGACCCAAGCGGCUCGUCAAACGGAAAAUCGAUAAAGGGAAAGGGAUAAUGAUAGAGGUUCAGGACGAGGUUCGAGGCCAGAUGCGCAUGCACCGUAUGAGCCAGAUCUCCCAGAUACAAGACCUGUUCCCGGACCUCGGGUCAGGCUUCAUAUCUAGACUCCUUGGUGAAUACGAAGACAAUACUGAGAAUGUGAUCGCACAUCUACUCGAAGACUCAUUGCCACCGCACCUAGCUACCGCGGACCGCACUAAGGAGUUAUCCCCCGAGAGAACGAGGAGGCAAAGCCAUGACAUCGCACCGCGCUCUACGCCACCGCAAAUUCCUACGCGUCACAAUGUCUUCGACGAUGAUGAGUUCGACAAGUUGGCUGUCGAUGUCUCCAACCUGCACUUUGGCAAACGAAAUCCUGGACGAACGGCAGAUGAUCUUCUCAGAGAUCGCUCAGGUGCUCCGAACAAAGCCGCAAUUCUAUUGGCACUAUCCGCAUUUGACGCGGACGACGACGAGCGAGAUGAUACAUACGAUGCCGCCGAUGCUGGUUUCGUCGUGGAUGACGGCCACCCCGAGGACGCUGAUGACCAGAAACGGAAAGACGCGAGCGAAGAAGCACUAUUCAGUUCAUACCAAUCAAACCCGAAAGCCUUCGAUAGAGAUGCGACAACGCGACGUAGCGAUACCAGGAACAAGUUGAAGCAGACCACUGGGAUGACUGACGAAGCUAUCGAAGGUUGGGCCUUGAUGCUCACCCGAACGCCUCACCAGAUGAAGCAAUUAGAGAUGAAGUACAGUGGAUUUGGUGCAAGUCAGCCGACCUUGGCCCCAACUUCCUGGCGUGCCACCCCGGCUGGCUCAGGAGCAGAAGACUCCGAUGUUGACGGGGGCGGCCACUCCAACUUUCAAGGUCCUCGUGGUCGUGGCCGGGGCAGAGGACGCGGCAGGGGCGGCGGGCCGGGUAGGGGAGGCAACGUUGCUGGCCCCUCUGGGGGGAAGGACACCGAAAGUGCCCGGCGGCGCAAAGAAGCGAACAAGGGAUCCAGGGCGAACCAUAAUCGACGAGACCAACGUGUGAAGAAGAUGGGCCGCGGGGGUUUCCCUGGGUGA